CUCUUUGGAAGAGCAAAUAUUUGUUGAAAAUCUUCUAUAUGGGACAGUCACAUUCACAUCGUUUUUGAACGUAGUUGAUUAAGUAACAGAGAAACUACCUAAUAGGACGAAGAAAGAGGAAGAAGAAAAAAAGUUAAUUAUUAGAUACCAACAUGAAAAUUGGAAUUUAUCUACUUUUUUUAUGUGAAAUAUGUUUUGAAAUCAGCAAGGCUGACAUCAAACCUAAAUCUCCAAAGAAGGACAAGUGGCUGUAUUUUUUAGGAAAAAAUAAAAACAUCAGUAUUUCUGAAGAAUGGCAUCAACAUAAAAAUGACUCCAAACCUUUGGAAGAGCAAAGUUUUGAAGACCUUACUCUUCACAAUUUCACUGAAAAGACAGCAAAUUUUGGAUUUAAUCUCUACAGAAAAAUUGCAAUGAAAACUGAUAACAAUAUAAUUAUCUCUCCCUUUUCUGUAUCAACCCUUAUGGCUACAUAUUUGCUGGCAGCUGAAGGGGAAACACAGAGACAAAUAGCAAAAGCUCUAAACCUCCAUGCUUUGAAGGACAGAGAUCGCCAUUAUUUACCAGCACUGUUUAAACAACUGAAAGAUAACAUCACAACGAAUGAAGAAGUUCUCUUUGUGCAAGGUAUUCUUUCUUUUAUCCAAAAGGACUUUGUAGUCAGGGAAGCUUUCCUCAACUUAUCUAAGCAGUACUUUGAUAUGGAAUUCCUGUGUGUAGACUUCCAAAACAUCACACAAGCCAAGUUUGUUAUAAAUCAAAACGUUAAACAAAGGACCAAGGGAAAAAUAUCAGAGCUUUUUGAAGAAGUUGACCGACAUUCUAAACUGCUACUUUUGGACUACAUUUUUUUUAAAGGAAAGUGGCUCUAUCCCUUUAAUUCAAAAUUUACAGAAAUGGAAACUUUCCACAUAAACAAGUACAGAAGUGUGCAAGUACCCAUGAUGUUCAAGUCAGAUAAAAUAAAUUCAACCUAUGAUGAGAAUUUACGGUGCUAUGUAAUAAAACUACCCUACAAAGGCAAAGCCUACAUGCUAAUUGUUAUCCCAGAAAAGGGGGAAGAUUAUGUUUCACUUGAAGACCAUUUGACAAUGGAGCUUGUGGAAUCCUGGCUCACAAACAUGAAGAGCAGAAAUAUCGAUAUUUCAUUUCCAAAGUUCAAACUAGAACAAAAAUACAAAAUGAAGAAAUUGCUUUAUGCUCUUGGAAUUAAAAAUCUCUUUGCACGUACAGCAGAUCUUAGUCAUCUCACAGAUCAAAAAUACAUAACAGUCUCCCAGGUUGUCCAAAAGGCAGUCAUUGAAGUGGAUGAAAAAGGGACUGAGGCUGCAGCAGCUACCGGGUCUGAAAUAAUUGCAUUCUCAGCACCUCCUGUCAUUAAAGUGGACCGACCAUUUCUUUUUAUGAUUUUUGAAGAAACUUUUAAAACUUUACUUUUCAUUGGCAGGGUGGUUGACCCAACAGAAUUGUGAAUAAAGGUACAGUUUUUAUUGUGA